AUGACGUCAGAGGGAUAACACUUAGCAGAAGCGAAACAGCGGCUAACUCUGGAGAAACAACAGUUCGAUUCCCUUGAGACGGAUCGAUAUCAACACAUUCUGCUCACCCUACUUAACGGGAACACCGGGGAGAGUGCACGAUCUCCGGUUUCAGCUGUCACACUCGUGUUUGAGGAAGAUAGCCGGGGUUGUGCUAACUGUGGCUAACGAGCUAGCAACACCUUCAUCUGGGGAGGAAAAGAGCUUCAACACCUGUUAGUAUGGAGAAUAAAUACAACCUCAAGAGUCCAGCGGUGAAGAGGCUGAUGAAAGAGGCUGCUGAGCUGAGGGAUCCCACAGAGCACUACCACGCCCAGCCACUGGAAGAUAACCUCUUUGAAUGGCACUUCUCCGUUCGUGGGCCCCCCGACUCUGAUUUCGACGGCGGCGUUUACCACGGCAGGAUCGUGCUUCCACCAGAGUACCCCAUGAAGCCCCCCAGCAUCAUCCUCCUCACG